AUGGAGCCCUCCUCAGCUGCAACUUGCAUCCUGCUCACAGUCUCACUUUUCAUCUUCAGGAGCCCACCUAUCAUAGCCCAGCUGACCAUUGAAUCGGUGCCGAUCAACGCCGUCCGAGGAGACGAUGUUCUUCUACGUGUGCUGCGCAAUCUGCCAGCAGAUCCUUUCACCUACUACUGGUACAAAGGGGAAACAGCAGAUAUCCUUUCGCAAAUUACAACAUACACAGUAUCAACAGGAGCAAGGACCAAGGGGCCAGCUUAUAAUGGCCGAAAGACAAUCUAUCCCAAUGGGUCCCUGCUGUUUCAGAAUGUCACCUUGGAGGAGCAAGGGCCCUACACACUACAAAUAAUAAAUUCAGAUGUUCAGCUCGAGACAGCAAUUGGACAAAUCCAUGUAUAUGAGUUAGUGACAAAGCCCUCCAUCCGAGCCAGUAACAUCCUAGUCAAAGAACACAGCGGCCCUAUGGUCAUGACCUGCGUCACAAACCACACUGACAUUUCUAUCCGCUGGGUCUUUGAAGGGCACAGCCUUCAGCUCACAGAGGGGAUGACUCUGUCCCUGAACAACAGCUCCCUCACCAUAAACAUUAUCAGGAGAGAGGACGCCGGGAAUUACCAGUGUGAGGUCUCCAACCCAGUCAGUUCCAGGAAAAGUGACCCCUUCAGCUUGACAGUAGAAUGUGAGUGA